UAAACAUCUGUUGUUAUAAACAUUUACUUCUUUAUUAUUAUUCUGCUUGUCAAAGAGUUUACAUGUCUCAAUAAAUUUCUCUCAAUCAAAUAUAAAUCUAGUGAUUUAUACAAUAAGUAAUCGCUACCAGGUGGAGCGUUGUGGCCGGCGGAUGUUCGCGCCUUUUCUUUCAGUCAAUUUUAUUAAUAUAUGUUUUGUGCGACAUAUUUAUAGUAGUAUUUGUGUGGAUAUCACUUUCAAUCCUCUUCUUCUGGCUCCUCGGAAGAGCCUAUGAUUUUUCUCACGCUAGUCCUGCGUAUAGGAUAGUAAAAGUAGGUGAUCCUAACCUUUUGGCGUUACGGGCCGGCCGGCAAACACGUGCUGUCUCCUCGAUAUUCGAUAUGAAGAAAUAGGACCAGAUCUAUGGCGUUUUAUAAUUAAACAAACUUUGGAAGAUAAUCACAUUGACGAACCUGAUGUAAAGAUGCGGAAUACGAAUAAGAAAGGUGCAAGAAAUAAGACCAAGGCGCAAGAUUCCACAGCCAACUCUCCGUUAAAAACGUCCGAGGGAAACAAGUCGGGUAUAGGGAAUGUAAGCGGGAUGAACAAUGUCGGUGCACAGAUUAAGGAUAUGAAAGGCGAGACUAAUUCGAUGGAGACUGUAAGAAGCUUCAAGUAUGACGCUUUCUCGAGAGCACCUUUUAUCGUGUACUUUAGCAUUAAGUCAACCAAUGGGGCCGAUAGGUCACAGACGUCGCGGUUUAAGAUCUCCGAGAAACUCGAUAAGUGUAAUGUAAAAUUUAACAAAAUUACGAAAUACUCUAAAGAUAUUUGGAAAGCGACGUUUCCAUCGAAAACACUAGCGAAUAGUGUGAUCACGAACAAAAUGGUGCAAGACCUGGGGAUAACAGCUUUCAUUCCGAAAUACAAAAUUAGCAGGAAGGUAGUCAUCGAGGAAAUCCCUGAUGAUAUGUCUAUGGCAGAAGUCAAGGAAAUUGUGGAGGAAGAAAAUUCUAAUCUCUUAAUAACAAAUCUAUAUAGACUCAAGCAGCGCAACGAAAAUACCGGGGAGAUAGAAGAUUCAGAAGAAGUUUGUAUGGAGCUAAGAGGUGAAAUUAUCCCUAAGGAGAUGUCAAUCUUAAAACUUGUUAUACCAGUGAGGCCGUUUAUACAGUCGAUACGUGUAUGUUUCAAAUGUGGACGUAUAGGCCACGUUAGUAAAUUCUGUGAGAAUCCGGCUGCCUGCCUGACAUGCGCUGGGGAUCAUCAAUCGCGAGAAGAGCCGUGUUCAGCGGCUAAAAAUUGCGUAAACUGUGGACGUGGACACAACACUUUAGAUCGUGAAUGUCCUGCAUAUAAGAAACACCAAGAAAUUGCCAAGGUUAUGGCAUACGACAACCUUCCCUUCCUCGAGGCACAGUCCUUGGUGGAGAGGGACUACGAUGGACUUGUGAGGAAAGUACAUGACUACAAGACACUGAAAGAUUUACUCCUUUUUCCAUCCAAGGGUGUAAAUCGUAGGAUGACUCAGGGGUCAAUGGAAGAGAACACCUCAUAUAGACUAGAAGUUUUAAAAAAAACUAAAGGUGGUGUUAGAGAUCAGCUAAGUAACAUUGCAGAGAUAAUUUUGUCUGAUCCAGAUGUAGAAAUUUUAUGUGAAAGAAUUAAAAAAACUAUAGAUUUGCAUGUGACAAACAGUCUCAGAAAAGAUAAAGGUAAUGGAUCGAACAAAUAAAUUUAAUUCUUUGAAAAUAGCUGGAAUUUUAAAUCUAUGAUGUCACGAUACAACAAAUUAAAGGGAUGUGCCGGAUAACGAAUGUAUCGGAUAAAGAAUUAAAAAGGUAUAUAUACAAA